AUGAGACCUCCACCGAGCUUGGAAGAUACCAUUGGUCCAGGAAAGGUAUUUAAACUCAACAAAGCAAUUUAUGGCCUAAAACAAUCUCCAAGGGCGUGGUAUCAUAAGCUAAGCACCACAUUGCUUGAGAGAGGAUUCCGCAAAUCAGAAGCUGAGCACACUCUCUUCACACUACCAAGUGACAAAGGUAUUGUAGUCAUUCUUGUAUAUGUUGAUGAUAUCAUCAUAACUGGAAAUGACAAGGUUGGUAUACAAGACACUAAAACCUUUUUGAAAUCAGUUUUUGAUAUUAAGGACCUUGGAGAACUCAAGUAUUUCCUUGGUAUAGAAGUAUAUAGGUCAGAUGAAGGACUGUUCUUAUCACAAAGGAAAUAUGCUCUUGAUUUGUUAAGUGAAACAGGUAAACUAGGAUCAAAAGCAGUACCAACACCACUUGAGGAAAAUUAUAAAGCUGGAGGAAAAGGGGAGCUUGAUGCAACUCCAUUUGAAGAUGUCAAACAAUACAGGCGCCUAGUAGGUAAGCUUAUAUAUCUUACUAUCACACGGCCUGAUAUUUGCUUUGCUGUGAACCAGGUAAGCCAGCACAUGCAAAUCCCAACCGUACACCACUGGAACAUGGUGAACCAAAUCCUUAAAUACCUCAAGGGCUCUCCGGGACAAGGCAUUUGGAUGGGACGCAAUAAGAAUACUGAACUGGUGGGAUAUUGCGAUGCUGACUAUGCUGGAGAUCGUGAAGAUCGUCGCUCCACCACUGGAUACUGCAUAUUCCUAGGAGGCAACUUGGUCACAUGA